AAUCUGAGUAAACCCCCAAGCCAACCAUACCCUUCUUUCUGAUCAAAACUUGUGAUAACGCUACUACAAGACGGAAUGCCUGUGGCGACGGGUUGGAGAAUUGCAGAACAGCUUGGAGACCGGAUAUUGAAAUGAGAUCACGAACAGGAUGCAUGACUUGUCGACAGCGGAAGUUGAAGUGCGAUGAGACGAAACCAAGUUGUGGGCAAUGCAUGAAAGCCUCUAGAGAAUGCGUGCCCAGCUCAGGGCUUAUCUUCCGCCAUCAGCAUAAUGCCUCUAUGAAUGGCGAUGUAGAUGAUGACAACAGCCUCAAGGGCUUCUACGCGUACAAGAACACCUUCGGUGAUGAGAGCGUGUGGGUCGACAUACCCGGGACAG